AUGUCCUCCCACAGCAAGACAUGGAAGGGCAAAAUGGCAGCGGGGGCGAAGAAGAUAGGUCUUCCCUUCGGGAAGAAAGCGCCGGACGAAACAGCGUCUCUUCAAACAACGGAGACAGUUCCGGAGAGCAGCUACACGUACGAGAAGCCCGAAGGAUCUACAUUGAUGUCGCUAGAGGAAGAAUCCUCACCGACCGAGGCCAUGAAAUAUGCCUCCCAAGUACAACACCAGGAUACAUCGAAGGAGAGUGGGUACAACCAAAUGCCGGGCGCGAUGUGGGAAGCAGCAGCAGCGGCCCAAAUAGUUCAGACUACGGAACUGCCCGUUCAACAGAUGAGCACUCCCAGCGGUCAUGGGGGGAGCCUGUCGUGGCAAGAAGCAGCACAACAGCAGAAGGCGAGUCAAGGGAUACGACGGGGGAUUCCCCAGAGCCAAGAAUCCAAGGCCCUGGGUCCCCGACCAGCACCUCCAGCUGGCUAUCCUGGUACUCGGCAGACAGAACCCGACGAGUCUACAGAAUCGACACUCCACGAUGUUAUUCGUCGCCGAUCCCUAGCUCAAGUCGAUACGUUCCAGACCCUCCAAUCCAACCUGACCCAAGAGAGCGAGUACAGUGGGCAGAAGAAGGACAUCGCACCUCAGCCAGAAACACAAUCACCAUCGCAGACCUCAGAGUAUGGGCAGACACCGCCGGGGAGCCCACGACUGCACGAAUCUCACCAGUCGAGUCUACUUCGCCCAUCGGGGGAACCCUCGACACCAUCACCGAGGAAGAAAACCCUAUUCCUCUCACACUCCCCAGAACCUCUGGGGCCCAGACCCCAUACUACUCUGCCGAAGAAGACCCAUGGGGAGAGCAGCCAGAUACAGACGAGCUACUCGAGCAGCACCCCCAUGCAGACUCCCCGCCGUGGCAGCAUAGGGUCUUAUUCGCAGACACCAACGAGGAGGACACUGUCCUCUGGUGGUUCACAGGAGCCCAAUCCCUCGCCGGAACUACCGACGUAUCAAAUCCCGUUGAGACCAAGCUUGACCAGGCAAGUCUCACAGAUUGGCCUCACUGCAGGUGCCAGAUCUGUCGACGACUACAGGACCUGGCCCAAGCCCGAUAUAAUGAAGUUGGACCUCACCCAGAGCUCGAACCCUUCCUCAACCCCGAACCCACCUUCUAUGUCGAACCCCCUUUUAUAUCACAAAGAGAGCUUCAGUGGUGGGUCUAUGAUCGAGAGGACUUCAACGAAAUCUUUGAAGAAUACCAAAGGUACUUUGCCUAUGUCUGGAACUGGAACCAGAUAUGGAUUGACGGAAAUCCCUACCUCUUAUGAUAUGAACCCAUCUUUCACCCAACCAACCAUCUUGACCGAUUGGACCUGUGGGUUAGAGCCCGGAUACAAAUCGACAGGCUCACCCAUAUGGGAGAGUAUGCAAAUGACCCACCCUUUGUCAGGGACCCCAAUGAAGGAGACAACGAGUUCGUUCAAGGGUCCAGCAGAGAACCUCACUGACGAAGAACUCUAUAGGAUGAGCUGGGACCAGUUCUGGUGGACUAUACAUGACCAACUACCCCACAGAAGCUACUGGACCACCACUCUGCAGGGGCAAGCAUAUCAACAAGCUGAACCCGAUUCCCAAUUAAAAAGGGACAUAUUAUCACAAGAAACCCAGUAUAUCGCCAUAAAUUAUUGGAACCUCCUACACCCUGACCGACAACUACUCCAAGGAAGCCAUUAUGAACUCCCCGAUAUCGAUGAGUCAGGAUCGGACUUCUCAACCCUGGGAAUUCUCCAAACCACCACCGCCGUUACCAGACCCAUGGGAGGCACUACAACAACCCCCACCUCUGGUAAAGGAAGCGGGCCAGCACCCGCCGCACCUGGAGGUGGAGGAGGAGGUGGAGGUGGAGGUGGAGGCAGAGGUGGAGGACCACCACCCCCUCCACCAGCGCCACCUACACCACAUAGUGAUCAGAACCUCCGAUCACUCCCUUGCCCUGAAAAUCCGCCACUACCACCAGAUCCUCCGGAUGACUGGGAAAUUGCGGCAGGACAAUCCAAUCCAUGGGGAGACGUUAAACCCACACUCAUAGAAAAACCGGAGGGGUUCUAUGGAAAAUCCCAUGACCUCGACUGA